AUGGGAUCCCUCUCACUCGCUGACAUGGUCGAGUUCUCAGAGGAACAACACCUAUCCCAGAGCAUCUCCUACAUGGCCUUCAACGGCCUAAUACUGUUCAAGAUGACCGUCGAGUUGCUGCUCUGCAACCCGUGCCCUGGGCAGGUGUUGGAACAGUUGACCACUCUUGCCGCCCAGAGAGACCGGGCGGCCGGGAUCGAGUGGGUACGGCUAGAGCGGGAGCUGGAGAGGUCAACGAUACUGAUACCCGUCUGUGUGCAUGAUUUGAUCCGCAGGCUUAGGAGUCCGUCCAUACGCCGGCUCAACACCCCAACCGAGACAUCCAUUGAUCUAGUCUCUAGGCCCAACGCUAGGGAAAUGACGCAACAUUGUGGAUCCGAGAAGUGA